AUGUUCAAACUUCCUGAAAGCAAAGGUUACCCACUUUUUCAAUUUAACGUUGAUAUGAGGUUUGUUGGACCUUCUUUGGCUACGUUAUUAGUAUGUCAGCACAUCCAAACUUCUUCUUCUACAAAUAUCGGGCUUAAUUAUGUCUACACAGUCAAUCUGAUGUUGAAUUUCUUAUGUUUGGAUGUGGCCGCAAUUAGGGAUUUCCAUAAGAAGUUAGUCAAAUAUUUCUCAGAGGGAAAGUUUUGGGGUAGUAGGUCCAGUCCUGAUUGGCUCGUCUCUAAUAAUAAACUGAUCCUCGAAGAUAUUGAUGUGUCAACGACUGUCAUUGAAAUGUUUAAGGAUAAAAAUGAACGUAUAAGGGGAUAUAAUUAA